UAAGUCUCUCGGUUUCGCUGGCAGGCUACGGAAGACAACUGAACAAUACCAGUGAUUAUAUUAAUCUCCAGCUGUAACUAACUGAACAGCCGGUCUUUGAAAUUAUUUCACAGCCCGUCGGUAUCUGCUACACUUGCUCCCCAGUUUUUUUAAAAAAAGACUUUAACUCGCCGUGUUCAAAUUUUCGGCGGAAUAAAUAACGGAUAAAUAAAGCGAAAUAACGGACACGGUUUGGGUGAAAUGUGUGGUGUUUCAUACUGUCUUUUGAGGAGGGUGUCCGACACAGAGCUGUAGUUUCUCUUCAAGAGGCGAGGAAUGCAAUCUGAGCAUCAAUGUUUCACUGGGGCAAGUGGAAGAAGAGGAUGGGAGCCAAUAGUUCUUCAAAGAGACCAGUUUUCGACGAAAAGGAAGAUGUGAACUUUGACCACUUCCAGAUAUUGCGGGCCAUCGGGAAAGGGAGCUUUGGAAAGGUAUGCAUUGUGCAAAAGAGGGACACGGAGAAGAUGUACGCCAUGAAGUACAUGAACAAACAGCAGUGCAUAGAGAGAGAUGAGGUCCGAAACGUCUUUAGAGAGCUUGAGAUCCUACAGGAAAUUGAACAUGUUUUUUUAGUAAAUCUCUGGUACUCCUUUCAGGAUGAGGAGGACAUGUUCAUGGUGGUGGACCUCCUGCUGGGAGGAGACCUCCGCUACCACCUGCAGCAGAGCGUCCAGUUCACCGAGGACGCUGUCAAACUCUACCUCUGUGAGAUGGCACUGGCACUGGACUACCUGCAGAGCCAGCACAUCAUCCAUAGAGAUGUCAAGCCGGACAAUAUCCUGCUGGAUGAGAAAGGUCACGCUCACUUGACAGACUUCAACAUUGCAACAAUAAUAAAGGAUGGAGAGAGAGCCACAGCCUUAGCUGGAACCAAGCCCUACAUGGCCCCAGAGAUCUUCCAGUCCUUUGUAAGUGGAGGGACGGGCUACGCCUUUGAAGUAGACUGGUGGUCACUAGGGGUAACAAUCUUCGAAGUCCUGCGUGGAUGGAGGCCCUAUGAUAUCCAUGCCAGUAACUCAGUGGAGUCCCUGAUUCAGCUCUUCAGUACAGUCAGUGUGCAGUACAGCCCAGCCUGGCCUAAGGACCUGGUUUCCCUCUUGAGGAAGCUCCUGACAGUGAACCCAGAACAUCGUUUCUCCAGUGUGUCUGACAUGCAGACAUCUCCCUACCUCGCUGACGUCAACUGGGACGCAGUAUACGAGAAGAAGAUGGAGGCUGGAUUUGUUCCUAAUAAAGGUCGCCUCCACUGCGACCCCACCUUUGAGCUGGAGGAGAUGAUCCUGGAGUCACGUCCCCUUCACAAGAAGAAGAAGAGGCUGGCCAAGAACCGGUCUCGAGACAACAGCAAGGAUUCGCAAUCUGAGAAUGACUACCUACAGGAGUGCCUUGAAGUGGUGCAGCAAGAGUUCAUGAUCUUCAACCGUGAGAGAUUGAAAAAACGUCAGGAGGAGGGGCAGUCAGAGGCCAGGGGCGAUGAUGCCAGUGGAGACGGGGACGGAGAGGCCGAAGCCGGGGCCACCGAUGAUGACGCACCUGAGCCGGAACCCGAUCCCGAUCCCGCUCCCGAGCCGGAGCCCGAGUCCUCCUCCAAGCUGAGCAUGUGCGGCUCGGUCUGCUCCUCCCCUGGCAGCUGCUAGCACCACCUCGCCUCACAGUGACGAUCAGCGGUCUCUCUGACCGCUGCAGUGCUUGUGCCAUGCCAAUAGAUACGUUCUCACCUCUCUCCUCUGUUGUAGCUAGGAGAGGAGGAAACGCACAGCAGGGCAACUUGAAGCACAGCAGGACCUAAAAUGGCUCCCACCAUUUCUCUUAUCUUUGGUUUUUUUUUUCUGUAGCAUCCUUCCGGUAAGGCAUGAAUGAAGCAGAUUUCCAGAUUCCCCACCUACUGUAUCUGCCCGCCCUAGAGUAAGCUCUGUUACUUCUAUGCAAUGUUACUGUAUAGCAUGACAAAUAAGGUAUCACUUACUAGGUGUUGUUCAGGAGCAGAAAGCUCCACGAACAUGACGACAUCCCGAGCAAUAGCAGUCCACGGUUUUUUUGUGGGGUUGGUGGUUUUGGUGGAGACACCUCCCCUCUCAGCCUUCCUGUUUAAAGUCUGAUGGGGACGACUGAAUUAUUCAGCACAUGCAGGCACUCAGUUUAUGUUAUUGCCUGUGUCUUCUUCCCUCAGCCCUCUUCCCCUCAGCCUCUUUCAUGUAACGCGUGCCCUAAUUCGGAAAAAGUGUUUUUUUACUCUCUCCCGGAGCGCCUUCCUCCUGUUGCAACACCUUUGCGAGACACUUUUACAGUAAGUGUUCAUGGCUGUUCUCAGUCUGCCAAGACAGUGCGUCUGGUUUCAUGUUGUAAACCUGUUUAAAGUGGUGCCUGUUGAUGAUAAUCAGUACUUGUUAAUCACAUUGUAGCCAUGAAUGCAUUAUAGGCCAGAAUGCCAGUUUAAUUUUCCUUUUUAAAGGUUAGCCAAUGAUUCUUUUUUCCCCACGCUUUUUUAGGAUGACGAGAUUCUGCACUUUAUGGGAAAUCAGUGCAGCAGUCAGAACGAAAGGUUUUGCUUGUCACUGUCUCUGAAAUGCUUACCACGACCCAGUAUUUUAGCCCUGCGCCAUGCUCUGGUUCAAAGAGCGUUCUGAAACUCUGCUCUGGGGAAUAAAUACCAAUCAGCAACAAUCACAUCCUUUAAUAAUCUAUUAGAAAACUCUGUUUGCUUCACUAGACAUCAUCAUCACUUUAAGUGCUCUGUUAGUACAAAGAUCAUCUCCCUGUAGUUUGUUUUUGGGCUGUACCUAAAUGUGUAGCUGUGCCCUGUUGGUACUUCAAAUUGUAUAUCUGAGCUAGUCUAUUACUGUCAUCGUGAUAGUGGUACAUUUAAGGUGGCACCAUUAAUCUCAGUCUGAACACCUGGGAACAUGUAGCAAAAGUCCACCUUAAAACCCUAAGGCCUAAUAAAAUGAAAACCAUGUAAAUAGCAUAAAGUGUAGGUAAUUAAACUCACCACAGUUUUAUGUGGGACUGCGAACUCGACAUAUAAACUAAAGGAAGAGCUGUGUGAAGCUUCACACUGCUUCAUUCUUCUCUUCUUUUCAAGUGUGCAGGCACAACUUGUAGGCAAAAUAUGCCAAAGCUUUUCUACCAUUUGCAUAACCAUUUCUAAGGAACUAUGAGUGUGUGAAUGUAUCGUAUGUCUCUUUUUCCCAGUAUAACAUGAAGUCAGUGUUCCUUCUGCAAGUGAAAUAUCAUUUAUACGAUCAUAUUGUGAUUAUGUAUAAAGUAUAUAUUUCAGGUAAGGGGGGUGACCUCAAAGUAAUAGUUUUUGGAAGUACGCCUAUUUGCUGUCUUUAGAAUGAAAAAAGAAGAUUGAUACCACCUCUCCAAGUAGGGAGCUGGAGCUGAAGGGCCAUCAUCCUAGCUUAACAUAAAGACUGGAAGCAGGGCAGAGCAUGUACCAGGGCCCUUAAAGCUCACUGAUUAACACAGUGUAUCUUGUGUGUUUAGUCCACACACAAACAGUAAUGUAGAAAGGACAAUUUCAGGAGAAUUCACAGGCCAGGUUAGUUCUCAAGGAGAGAGACUCUCAAAGGACUACAGGGUGUUAGCUGUGUGAAAGACCACGGUAGCCGAAGGCAUCGUCAGGCUACAUUUAUAUAGUGUUCUUACAAACUGGGCUGCAUGUACUUUGAUCUUAUACUGAGGUGAAAACCACAGUUCAGAAUGCUUUCAGCAUAACAUAAGUUACUUCAUCAUUUCUGGAUUGAAUGUAGUUUACUCUCAGUGUUAAAUGUGAGGGGUGCCCAGUAAAACACUGGCCAAACGUCUGAUAAUGAAGCACAGCUUUAAUUCUGGUGCGUUGUUAUUUAGGUAAGAUCAUUUUAAUCGUCUCAGUGUACUGUAAACAUUUUACAAUACUUAAUGAAAACUCAUAGCAUUAACAAAUAUACAACAAAUGGUGAUCUGCAGUAUAUGGUACAUAUUUGAUAGUAGAUUGACAGCUUCACGGUGGCUUGUUUAUUGUCUUAAUGGUAGUUUGAUGGAGGGUUCAUAUCAGUCAGACCGGGUCAUUAGCUUGGCAUCUGUUGACAGUUGAACUUAAAAGUCCAAGUGAUUUUCAUAGAGGAACAUCCUCUUAGUGGCUGUAUCCCCUUAUGUAAUGUAUAUAUUCUAAAUUAAGUUGUUUUAAGAUGCUCAGAAUAUUCAAAAAGGUUUUCCCAUUAAUUCUCCAAGGUUGUAUUAAUUACAUGUGGUGUGUUAUAUGCUGGUGUGCUGAUGUUAACCACUGGUAAACGAAGCAGUAAAUAUGCUCUCAGAUCAGCUUGCUAGCAUUAGUGCUAGCAUCUGUGGUAGCAAUCUUCUCAUCUUACGAAAACAAAUGGGCGUACUUCCCAAAAUGUAGAACUAUUUCUUUAAACACUAUACAUUAUGAUUAGAUUAAGAAGCUUCUUUAAAGGGAUAUAAAGUGGCAUCUUCCAAGUUUGCCAAACGAUAUGAUGAAUUUAAUAGCAACAAGCCCUGUACUUUAUUUGCAUGUACCUUUACAGUAUAAGCCUGUUUUUGCCAAAGCCUUGAGCUUGAGCCUUACUGGCUGAUUUGUGCAUGCAAAAGCUUUUGGUAAUAGCAUACCUCGAUACUCACCUGAUUAUUGACACAGUCUAAAUCAGAGCAUAACUGACCUGCGUGACUGUUUCUUGACAGUGAGUUUUGUGAACUUUAAACUGUACAAAAUCGUAUAAUCCCAGUGUUAUAUGGACGGCAUGAUAUUUUUAGAUGAUAUGCAGUACCUUUUGGCAUCCUGUAGGUUGUCUUAAUGCUCUUUUCAAGUAUACAGGCUCGUACCAUCGCUGUAUGAGUGGAAUGAGGUCAGCAGCUACGUGUGAUGCUUCGCCGUGGGUUAAGUGUUGCGUUAUUGUCUGUGCAGCAAAGGAAGAAGAAAUUGGAACUGGGGCAGGUUUUCACUUCACCCCAACACAGAAUUUGCUGCAUUAUUAAAACACUGAAUGUCUCCAUUUGUGGAAAAGAAAGCUCAGCUAUUUCUAAGACUCAUUAAAUGAGACUACACACCGUCAGAAUCAACAUAGGCUUGAAAUGGAUGUGUAAUUAUAUGUUAAUCAUUUGUAAAUGGAUAAAAAAAAAUGAUUUUGACAGUUAAUUUAAGUGUAGCUUUUCUCUAAGUUACAAUACUAAUCUGCGGUUUUGGCAUUUGCUCCUUGAUAUCAGUGAUCAUUCCUAAUUGGACUGUGCUUGCAAACCCUCCUGACAUGUUCCUUUGUGUGUUAAUGUUCUGGAUGCUGUUAGGUGUUUCAAAAAAAGGCAUUGUGCUAGUGUUUGACCGGCAACAGCAUGUCUCCUAUUCAGCCGUUUCCUGAGUGAUGCUCUCCAGGCGUACCAUACUGUAGACGUCUUACCUCUGUGGAUACAGUUUGAAGCUCAGUGGCCUGUUGAGGAAACAAGUCAAGAAGAAAAUGUGAUUUAUGUCACUUCUUUUCCUCCUUGU